AGCAAUAAACACCGCGUUGGUUUGUAUUUUUCUGUAUUUAGACUGAUAUUGUAAUUCCCAGACAUAAACAUGGCUGCUAGUUGUCGCAGACCGGAGCACAUGGCACCUCCGGAGGUGUUCUACAAUGAGGAAGAGGCAAAGAAGUACUCUCAAAACUCUCGGAUGAUCGAGAUCCAGACCCAGAUGUCAGAGAGAGCGGUGGAGCUGCUGAACUUGCCAGAAGAUCAGCCUUGCUAUUUGCUGGAUGUAGGCUGUGGCUCUGGACUCAGUGGAGAUUAUUUAUCAGAAGAAGGCCAUUACUGGGUCGGUGUGGACAUCAGCAACGCCAUGUUGAAUGUCGCCUUGGACAGGGAGGUGGACGGAGAUCUUGUUCUAGGAGACAUGGGGCAAGGAAUGCCUUUCAGACCAGGGACUUUCGACGGCUGUAUCAGUAUCUCCGCCCUGCAGUGGCUGUGUAACGCGGAUAAGAAGACGCACAGUCCUCCCAAGAGACUCUAUAGCUUCUUCAGCACACUGUACUCCUCUCUGACAAGAGGUGGUCGUGCCGUCUUCCAGAUUUAUCCGGAAAAUUCCGAACAGCUGGAGCUGAUCACAGCCCAGGCGAUGAGGGCAGGCUUCACCGGAGGCAUGGUGGUCGACUACCCCAACAGCAGCAAAGCCAAAAAGUUCUUCCUCUGCCUCUUCGCUGGUGUGUCUGGUGUCUUGCCCAAGGGUUUAGGGACGGAGCCUGUCGACAGGAACGUUUCGAAUCAAGCGCAGUUCACAGGACAGAGAUCUCGCUUCAAAAACUUGAAAGGCAAGUCCCUGAAAAAGAGCAAGGACUGGAUCAAGGAGAAGAAAGAGAGGAGGCGAAGGCAGGGAAGGGAUGUGAGGGCAGACACGAAAUACACAGGCCGCAAUAGGAGACCUCGCUUCUGAAGACGGUUGUGACCGAUGGUCUGCUUCAGGCUUCGUCUUUGCCCGUUCAGAUGGACUUUACGGACUAAACAAGAUGGCCGACUCUGUGGACUUGUGCAGUGUGGGAUUUUGAUGGGAGAUGGGAUAAAUGGAUGGGAGAAAUGACUACCAUGGCUCUAUAAUAUGGUUUUAGACAGCAAAUGAUUUCUUACUCAUUUUGAAGGCACGAAACGCUGUUAUUAAAUAAAAAUAGCCACCCUUGCUUGUGUAUUAUAAUGAUGCCAGACUAUUAAAAGGUUCAAUCGAGGCA